GGCGCGGGGCACGAUGUUGUGGCGGAGCGGGGAAAAUGGCGGUUCCGGAGAAGCGGAAUCAGGAUGUCUGUCAUCUUGGCGCCAGCGGUAGCCAGGAGACUGCGGGCAGCGCUAGGGAAUGCCACCGCUUCGUCGAGGGCUCCAUCGUCAGGAUCUUCAUGGAGAACUUUCUAACAUACGACACCUGUGAAGUACAUCCAGGACCCAAUCUGAACUUGAUUGUAGGGGCUAAUGGAACAGGAAAGUCAAGCAUUGUUUGUGCCAUCUGUCUAGGACUGGCUGGAAAGCCCUCUUUCAUAGGGCGAGCUGAUAAGGUUGGUCUCUUUGUAAAGCAGGGAUGCUUGAAAGGUGUAGUAGAAAUUGAACUGUCUAAGACACCUGAAAAUAUUGUCAUCACACGAGAGAUUCACGUGGUGAACAAUGCGUCAGCAUGGUUUAUCAACAGAAAGCCAACAACCCUGAAAACAGUAGAAGAGCAGAUUGCAGCCUUAAACAUCCAGGUGGACAAUUUGUGCCAGUUUCUUCCUCAGGACAGAGUUGGAGAAUUUGCAAAACUGAGUAAGAUCGAGUUGCUUGAAGCCACUGAAAAAUCCAUUGGCCCUCCAGAAAUGUACCAAUUUCACUGUGAACUGAAAAACUUCAGGGAAAAGGAAAGAGAACUAGAGAACUUGUGCAGAGACAAAGCUAACUCUUUGGAGAAGAUGAAACAGAGGGUUGAACGAUACAAACAAGAUGUUGAGAGAUACCAUGAGCGCAAACGCCAUCUAGACUUAAUUGAGAUGCUUGAGAGGAAAAGGCCUUGGGUGGAAUAUGAAAAUGUUCGUGAGCAACAUGAAGUACUGAAACAAAUCCGAGAACAAGCCAAGGAGGAGCUGAAGAAUCUAAAAGAACAGCAGUCCCCAGUGACAAAAAAAAUCCAAGAAACUGAAGAAUCUUUAAAGAGUCUGGAUAUGAAAAUAAAACAUAAGGCUGCUGAAAUCAAAGACAUUUCUCAGAAACGUAAACAGAAACAAGAUGCUUUGGACAUGAAAGAUAAACAAAUUGAAGAAAUUCAUCAAUGUCUGAGAAUGAAAAAGGAUGAAGAAAUGGACAGACAGAAGAAAAUACAGCACACUCGCAAGAUGAUAGAGGAGUGGAAGAAUGAGCUCAAUACAAUGGCAGACUGUGAGAAUCUUCAGCCACAAACUGAUGCAAUUAAUAAUGACCUGAAAAAGUUACAAGAAGAAAGGGCAAUUAUUGAUAGUGAUAUCACUGAUCUAACAGCAGAUAAAGUGAACCAAGUGAGGGAAAAGAAGAGAAUAAUUGAUCGCCUUGGACAACUUAAUAAUGUAAUGAAUAUGAAGGAAGAGAAUCUUAAAGGGAGAUUCAAAGACACACACUCUGCUCUUAUGUGGCUGAGAGAGAAUAAAGAAAAGUUUCAAAAAAGAGUUUGUGAACCCAUGAUGCUUGAAAUCAACGUGAAAGACAACAAACAUGCUAAAUAUGUUGAAAAUCAUAUUUCAGCCAAUGACAUGAGGGCUUUUGUUUUUGAGAGUCAACAAGAUAUGGAAAUCUUUCUUACGGAGAUGCGUGAUCAUCAGAAACUAAGAGUGAAUGCUGUAUGUGCACCUGCUGAAUCAUGUGCUGAAAACUUACCUUCGAGACCUAUUGAAGAAUUACACCGAUACGGAUUUUUCUCAUAUUUACGAGAGUUAUUUGAUGCUCCUCAUCCUGUGAUGAGUUAUCUUUGCUCCCAGUACCGUGUUCAUGACGUCCCUGUGGGAACAGAGAAGACCAGAAGCAUGAUUGACAGGGUCAUACAAGAAACCAAACUUAAGCAGAUAUACACAGCAGAAGAAAAAUAUGUUGUUAAGAUAUCUGCUUAUACAAAUCUACCCCUCUCUACCAACAUAUUUGUGAGGGCAGCACAGUUUCUCACUAGUUCAGUGGAUACAGAUGAAAGAAGACAGUUGGAAAAGCAGCUACAGGAUAUCAAUAAUACAUUAAAGACAUUGGAUGUGCGUUUGACUAACUCGCUGGAGAAACAGAAGCAUUUGGAACGCAAAGACAAUGAGCUCAGGCAGCAGAAGAAGGAAAUCUUAGAGAAAGGAAACAGGAGGAGGCAACUGGAAUCAAAAAUUAGUGUGAAAUAUGAUAGUUUAAGACAGCUGGAACAAGAUGCUAUCAACUUAGAGGAACAAUCUAGACAGGCAGAUGUCAAGGUCAAAGAAAUAAAUAACCAAAAAGCAAGACUUGUUACUGAAUUAACACAGCUCAUAAAGAACUGUGUAUCACUGAACAUCCUCAAGGCAGAUCUGAUUCUUCAGAGCACUGCAGUGGCUGCUGAGAAGAUCAGACUAGAAACAGAGUAUAAAACAGCAAGUGGACAGCUAAAAGCCGCAGAGCAACGAUUUCGUGAACUGGAUGAUAGGAAGCGAGUUCUUGUAGAGAACUGCAAGGAAUUGCUGAAAAAAGCUCAGCAGGUCUGCAGACUGGGUCUGGAUGAACAUCUUCCAAAAGAAUUUCAAACUGCUUUUCAGGCGCUUCCGUCCACAUUGGAGGAAAUUGAUGCUUUUCUGAACGAAGAGAAAACUAGGGCCUCCUGUUUCACAGGCCUGAAUGCUUCAGUUGUUGAAGAAUAUGUUAAGCAGACACAAGAAAUAGAGCAGCUGACAGUGUAUCUAGAGGAAAAGAAAAAAGAAUUGGAUAACUAUGGGCAAAACAUUUCACAGGUCAAAGAAAGGUGGCUAAAUCCUCUGAAAAAGCUUAUUGAGCAGAUUAAUGUGAAGUUCAGUAACUUCUUUAGUGCUAUGCAAUGUGUUGGUGAAGUUGAUCUUCAUGUGGAAAAUGAGGAGGAGUAUGACAAGUAUGGGGUUCGCAUCAGAGUCAAAUUCCACAGUAGCAGUGAACUUCAUGAGCUGACUCCGUAUCAUCAGAGUGGAGGUGAGAAAAGUGUUUCCACUAUUUUGUACCUGAUGGCUCUACAGGAACUCAACAGAUGUCCUUUCAGGGUUGUAGAUGAAAUAAAUCAGGGAAUGGAUCCAAUAAAUGAGAGAAGAGUUUUUGAAAUGGUUGUGAACACUGCUUGUAAAGAAAGCACGUCUCAGUACUUCUUUAUUACACCAAAGCUCCUGCAGAAUCUUACUUACAAUGACAAGAUGACGGUGUUGUUUGUCUACAAUGGACCUUUUAUGUUGGAGUCAAUCAAAUGGAACUUCAAGGCUUUCUCUAGGCGCCGGCGGCGACUUGGAAAGAUAGCUCAACAGUGAUACAGAGAUACAUAUAUAUAGAGAUAUAUAUAAAUGUAUUCUGGUUUUGUAGAACUGUUUGGAACAUCUGGCUUUCAAGACUUCAGAUAUUGAGAAAGACGAGAACUGCAAUGAGCUGAUUAAGAACUCUGAUUCUUAAAACUUGUGUAACUGAUUUGAAGUACAUAAUUUUUUCCCAAAAAUCUUUCGUAGUGGCCUCUUUUUCCAAAGAACCUACUUUUUCUUAAUAAUAGGUUUAAAUAAAAAGGAAGUUUCAUGUAUUUUGCUCUUUUAUCAGUAGUGUACCAUCAGAAGUACAGUUAAUUUUAUAGAUUACACUGGAUUAGUUUUGUGCCUGGGUUUUUCAUUUUUUGUUUUGGAAUUUAGAAAAAAAAUUGCUUUUGAUAAUAGUGUUUCCUUAACACUAAGUAAAGUAUAUUCUCUGAAAUUUUCCUAUUGAAAUAAAAACUUUAAAUGAAGAACAUUUGUAGGAAGAUAAUAGUUUGUAAGUAGAUGUGUAUUAAUUUUUGUUUUGUGAAAACACCUGAAAUUAGUAUAAAGAAUGUAUUAUUUCUAUAGUAAUCUACUAUAUUAUUGUUAUUUAUUAUUUUUGCACUAAUAUUCUCUUUUGUAUUCCUGGAAAGAUAUGGUCUUUAUUUUUCUACCGUGUCUCUCAACAAGAAGAUUGACAAAGAGACAGGUGUUUUUUUAGCAAUAAGCUGGUUAACUUGCAAAAGUAAAACUAAGCAAUAUGUAACUUUUUUAUUGCUUUUAUAAAGUAAAACUUGAUAUGUUUUUGAUAAUA